UGUAAAGUUAAGGUUAUGUUCUAGCUUUAGGUUAGCUGUCUUCUUUUUUAGAUAUAAACUUACUAUUUAUUUGCUUUCAAUUUUUAUCAAAUAUUUAUCAAGUUUAAAUGAUAAGGAAACACUACAUUUUAUCAGUAAAUGAUCCUUAUUCAAUAAUCUCGUAUCAUGAAUUCAGUAUUAAGGGUGAAGUCUGAGCCAAGAGACAUGGAUGAAGACGACAUCAAAGAAGAGAUUGACAUCGACUACACCAUGUCCUGGCUUGGCAAGCAGGAAGUUUUGGUUGACGAACAGGUCUCAUCCAACCCUGGCAGCUUACCCACUGUUAAAGAGGAGGAAACAAACUCAAAUGAAGAAGAAGAUAUAAGAGAAGGAGAUGAUGAAGAAAACGAAAGGACAUUAAUCAAAGAGACAACCUUGCCCACUGCUUAUGUCAGACUGGUCCGUUUGGAAGUAAUGCAUAGUAAUGCAAGAAGACAAUACCAGAACCAGAGCUCAGAUCACGAGUUUGUGUCUCCAUCAGCUGGUAGUUGUGGUGAUCCCUCUGAAGGAGGAGAAGGAGGAAACGAAAACUGUGAAUCGCAAGAUGGAAUCAUCAAAAUACCGGUAGUAGAAGCACAACCUAAUCGAGAUCGAGAUGUCAUAGAUCAGGGAGAUAGAAAUGCAACACUCAAAACGACGGUUACAAAGCCUCAUCAGUGUUCAAUCUGUACAAAACACUUCUCUCGGAGUAAUAAUUUGAAAGUCCACAUGCGUACUCACACCAAAGAGAAACCUUACCGGUGUACAGUCUGUAAAAAAAGUUUCUCUCUUUCUAAUAAUUUGAAUCUCCACAUGCGUACUCACACCGAAGAGAAACCUUACAAGUGUAGAGUCUGUACAAAAUGUUUCUCUCGGUCUGAUUCUUUGAAUAUCCACAUGCGAACUCACACAAAAGAGAAACCUUACCAGUGUACAGUCUGUACAAAAAGUUUCUCUCUUUCUUGUACUUUGAAUCACCACAUGCGUACUCACACCAAAGAGAAACCUUACAAGUGUACAGUCUGUACAAAAAGUUUCUCUUCAUCUAGUAAUUUGAAUGUCCACAUGCAUACUCACACCAAAGAGAAAACUUACCAGUGUACAGUCUGUACAAAAAGUUUCUCUGGAUCUAGAAAUUUGAAAGUCCACAUGCAUAAUACUCACACCAAAGAGAAAACUUACCAGUGUACAGUCUGUAAAAAAAGUUUCUCUCGGUCUGAUUCUUUGAAUGUCCACCUGCGAACUCACACCGAAGAGAAACCUUACAAGUGUACAGUCUGUACAAAAUGUUUCUCUCGGUCUGAUUCUUUGAAUGUUCACAUGCGAACUCACACCAAAAAGAAACCUUACAAGUGUACAGUCUGUACAAAAACAUUCUCUCAGUCUGGUCAUUUGAAUGUCCACUCGCUUACUCACACCAAAGAGAAACCUUACCAGUGUACAGUCUGUACAAAAUCGUUCUCUCAGUCUGGUUCUUUGGGAAAGCACAUGUGUACUCACACCAAAGGGAAACCUUAGCGUAAUACGGUCUGCACAAAGAGUUUCUCUCCCUGUGAUCAUUUGUAUAUCCACUUGCUUACUCACAGUAAAGAGAAGCCUUACAAGUGAACAGUCGGUACGAUGAGCUUCACUGUGUCUUGUAAUUAUUUGAUUCGUUUAUUUGUUGAUACACCAGACAAUUUGAAAUCUUGCAGAUAUGAGGUACUCUCAUCAGCCUGAUUCCCUCCCUGCCUAAUAGACUGUUUAGAGGUCGUAAUGUUGAGAAUUGUUGAUACAAGAGAGUAUUUCAAAUGAGAUGUCAAAAAUCUCACUUCUAUUACUUUGUCAACUAUUACAAUGGCUCAUUCACCCCCUUGUAUCUUGAAAAACGUUUCCUUCCAUGAGCAGCUUCAUGAAGGUGGAGAGUAGUGGUUUGAAGGUGGUAGGUGAGGGGGAAUGCGCAGGAUGGUCCCAUUCAGACCAAUUGCUUUGUGGUGAUUGCCAUGUUGGUCUGACAGGGAAAAAAUCUGACUCCAUGUAAGCGUAGCAAUAUUAUAACUUCAAAAAUAAAUGACCUUCAGCCCUGAAAUCCUUAGUACACUUAAAUUAUGAACCUGCCUUGUAGAGCAAUUAUUAUUACUAAUAUGAAUAUUAUGUUGGAAAACGUCAUGCUUACAGGAAAUCUAAUAGAUGAUUGACAUAUUAUGUCACGGAUGAUGCUCUUGUUUUUGUUUUUUUUAUGAAGGACUAGUGAUGUGAUAAGUGCCUUGCUUUCUCCAUUCUUAUGCAUUCAAUAUUACCCAAUAUAAAGAAACUCUGAGAUUUGAAUAAUCAUUUUUUAGAAACAAUUAUAGAAUUUUUAUAAUGUUGUAGGCCUAUAGAUUUUUUUUAUAUACAUAAUUUAUUGAACAUUGGUCAUGUGGAAUGAUAAUGAAUAGUCAAAUUGUUCUUUGUACUAAAAUCUUCUACUGCCUUGACCAUUCUAAGCCCGGUUGCACAAAAGCCUGUUAAAU